UACUCUUUUCUGUCUAUCUUUCUCUCCUUAUUUAUAAAGGGUUGGGUCGUGAAUGACAUAUUUGUCUGUGGCUGUAGUGGGUUAGGUUUUUGUUUGCUGUGCUUUCAGUCUCAUUUGACAUUUCGGGGACAUAAUGUGUCUUUUUUAGUUCUCAAGUGUACUUCUUUUUUUUUAAACAUUUUUUUUUUCUGCUUUCAGAAGCUACUUGCCUCUACCUCAUUUUUUGAAGAAGAUUAAACCAAACAAGCAAUCAAAGCCUUUGGAAGAAUGAGUUCCUACAACAUUUCUCUGAGUGGGCCAGCCCCGUGGGGCUUCCGAUUGCAGGGAGGGAAAGACUUCAACAUGCCCCUGACCAUCUCCAGGAUCACCCCUGGGAGCAAGGCACAGCAAGGCAACCUGGUCCAGGGUGACAUCAUCGUGGCCAUCGACGGAGUCAGCACUGAGGGUAUGACCCACCUGGAGGCCCAGAACAAGAUCAAGUGUGCCAGCUUUAACCUGGCCCUCACCAUGCAGAAGUAUGUACCACGCACACGCACACCUGGGAGCAAGGCACAGCAAGGCAACCUGGUCCAGGGUGACAUCAUCGUGGCCAUCGACGGAGUCAGCACUGAGGGUAUGACCCACCUGGAGGCCCAGAACAAGAUCAAGUGUGCCAGCUUUAACCUGGCCCUCACCAUGCAGAAGUCAAAGCGCCCAGCUUUGCAAAGUGCCACCCCAAGAAUCGACUCUCCCAUGCAACAGAUCCCUCACCAGAAGGUUAUUUUCAACACGCCUGCCAACAACGACUACAUCCCCAACUUCAACCCCAAUGCGCUGAAGGACACUGCCCUGUCCACCCACAAGCCCAUCGAGGUGAAGGGUCCUGGGGGCAAGGCCACCAUCAUCCAUGCCCAGUACAACACCCCCAUUAGCAUGUACUCCCAGGACGCCAUCAUGGACGCCAUCGCCGGACAGUCCCAGUCCAAGGGCCACGAGGGCGGUUCACUCCCUGUAAAAGACGCUCAGGUAGACAGUGCCUCCCCAGUGUAUCAGGCUGUCAUCAAGACUGCAGACAGGGACAUGGAGUUGAAUGACUGGGCCCGCAGCUCCUCCCAGGUGCAGUCCAAGUCCUUCCGCCUCCUCGCCCACAUCACGGGAACGGAGUUCAUGCAAGACCCAGACGUGGAACAUCUGAGGAAAUCAAGGGAAAAGUUUGACACCGAAUUUAAAGGCCCACGUUUUGCCAAAUUGAAAAAUUGGCACAACGGCCUGUCUGCUCAAAUCCUUAACGUGCCAGAAAAAACCCUGCUCUACUCUGUCCUCUGCAGCGAGCAGCCACCCCCAGCCACCCAGACACAGCCAGUGGCCCCUGAGGCCCCUACAGUCCCCUCUGGGGCACCUCGCCACCUGACGCAUGCAGCCUCCCAUAUCUCGUCUGCUUUGAUUACACAGUCUAGAAACAAGGUUUAUAAGCAAGGGCCACCGCCCACCUCUGCGCUGGAGGCUCUGUCAAUCACCCCAGUGUUCCGAACCAGCACUUUGCCCAAACGAAAGCGCACCCUGCCCUCUGGGAAACCCAAGCACCUGAGCUACAGCCUGCAACAGUCUGCCUCUGGUUACAGCUCCCAGUACAAAUCCUCAGUCUCCAGCCAAUAUGGCCAGGCUCCCCCCAUGCAACAAGCCCCUCCCAUGUACCAGGGGCAAUCCAUGUACCAGGGGCAAUCCAUGCAGCAGGGGCCUCCCAUGUACCAAGGGCCUCCCAUGCAGCAGGGACCUCCCAUGCAGCAGGGACCUCCCAUGUACCAGGGGCCCCCCAUGCACCAGGCCCCGCAUAUGCAGCAACCUCCCAUGCAGCAGCCUCCACACAUGCAGCAGCCUCCUCACAUGCAGCAGCCUCCUCACAUGCAGCAGCCUCCUCACAUGCAGCAGCCUCCUCACAUGCAGCAAAGCUCCAUCCAGAUCCCUGUGGGCCCUCCCCCACCCAAGGUGGUCAGCACCGCCUGCAUCGUGCCAGCUCCUGCCCCUGUUCCACCCCAAGCCGCCGCCCCUGAACCCCCCUCCAGCAGGCCCCCCUGGAUCACUGACGACUCUUUUGCCAACAAGUUUGACCCCAGCAAGACCACCAGCACCAGCAUGAAAGUGCCUGCUCUACCUCAGAGUGCCCCACCAGCACCGGCCUAUAUCCCACACCCUGGCUCUGCCCACACCCCUCACUCUGCCCCAAGCCCUGCCUAUAACCCAAGCCCUGCCCCCUACAACCCCACCCCUGCCCCUUUCAAUCCUGUUGCCCGGGGCGUGGCCCAAAGGGCGGAGCGCUUCGCUGCCAACAGCAACAGAGCACCCCUCUGUGGAGCCUGCAACAACAUGGUCAGGGGACCCUUCCUGGUGGCCCUGGGUCGAUCCUGGCACCCAGAGGAGUUCAACUGUCACUACUGCCACACAUCGCUGGCAGACUGCAGCUUUGUGGAGGAGCAGAACGCAGUGUACUGUGAGAACUGCUACGGCGAGUUCUUUGCCCCCACCUGUGCCCGCUGCAACACCAAGAUCAUGGGGGAGGUGAUGCAUGCUCUGCGGCAGACAUGGCACACCACCUGCUUUGUGUGUGCUGCCUGUGGCAAGGCCUUUGGAAAUAGCCUCUUCCACAUGGAGGACGGGGAGCCCUACUGCGAGAAAGAUUACAUUUCACUCUUCAGCACCAAGUGCCAUGGCUGUGACUUCCCAGUAGAAGCUGGAGACAAGUUUAUUGAAGCACUGGGUCAUACCUGGCACGACACCUGCUUUGUCUGUGCGGUGUGCAAUUUGAACCUGGAGGGCCAGCCCUUCUACUCCAAGAAGGACAAGCCCCUGUGCAAGAAGCACGCUCACGCCAUCAACGUGUAGAUGCUCCAUCUGCAGUUUUAUGGGGUGGUGGGCAGGUGUUUACGUAGCUAUGCCCAAGCCUUGGCAAAGAGCCCUGUAGAGGGCAUUGAUGCCAGUCAAAAUGAUGAAAAACACAAGCUGAAGAUGAUAGCAACAAGAUUGACUGUUCAGCAAACCGAUCAAUCAGGCGUGACAAAAUUUAAGUAUUUUCAUUGGUACUGAAAUUCAAGACAAAACUGCCUAAAAUGCUGCAGCCCCCCCCCCCUCCCCCCAAACAUGUGUUACGUGUGUAUUUAUUAAUAACACUUACAAAUGAAUUAUAUUGUAUAUCAGAGAAUUCUGAUGUAAACUCUUUGCUACUCCACUCAGGUCCCGGAGGGCCUCAAUCCAGUGAGGCUGGAGCAAAAACCUUAGCAGCCUACAGACACAGGCAGACUGAGUGGAGUAGCAGGGCAAUCAGUAAAUAAGAUGCCUUAUUUCACAGGAACACUCGUGUGCUUUGUUUUGAAUGUCAAAACCCAAAUAGCUUGCAGUGAAUGUAAUAAGACCGUUUUAGUAUCACAUACAGUAGAUUUAACAUGAUGAUGCCUCACGCUGACCAACAGAGCACAGAACGUGAACCGAUACAGUAUACUGUAGCAUGACACAUGCAGGGCUACGAAUACUGUUUGAUUUCACAGAGGUAUUAUUAAAGUGACAGUUUAGUAAGUGAUAUUCAUUGCAUCUUUGGCAAAGUGUUAUUUAUUUACAUAGAAUUAAACGGAAGUAUAACAUCCAUGGAUGUUUAUAUUGCUGACAAAACAGUUAUAUUUGGACUUUUGCUGUCUGAUUUAGUUUUGUAUGCAUGCAGUUGCAUCAUACAGAAGUUCAUAGUAUUAUAUGAAGAACCUGUCACUCACUCUGUCAUCCUGGAUUUAUUUAUUUAUUAUAUACAAAGAUGGUGCUCUGUUACAUUAUGAUACAGUAAUACUAUACCAACUUUGGGGAUCCGGGUAGAAGAUGAGGCAAAACUUUUGAUGUAUUUGAACACUUUAUGGGGUAGGAAAGUUAGGUUUUUGGAACGUGUCUCAUAAACGGGAUUUGCUCCUGACUGGAAAUCAAGGAACCACUCUGUGUCUUUUAUAGUAUGUAAUGGGAAUUUUGGGGGAGGUGCACGGAUGGUGGACCAGAGCCAGAAAGAUAUGUCACAAUGGGCCGCUGGACUAUUGUGUCUCCGCGGCUUUGGUCUCUGAAUUGCGCUUAAGGGAGGCAAGCUCUGGCCUGGGGUCUUACAGAUACAUUUUACACAACAGAUGUCUAUGCAUGGUGAUAUGCCACAUACAACCGUAAUGAAGCGCUUAACUUAAACAGGAAUGUAUAGGAAAUAUCUGUCGAGGUAACAAAAAAAACAGCCAAACACAAUCAUUUCUCUCUCACUAGCACACGCACCUUAAAGGUCAGUUGAGACCGUGUGCUUGUGUACAGACUUUAUACUUUCAGAGUUUAUUUUAUACAUCUUUGUGUCUUUUCUGUGUUUGUGUAAGUGCGUGUGCAUGCAUGAGUUUGUACAUGAUUGUCAGUGCAUGUCUACUGGGGCAACAUCAGUAUUAGUUAUGUAUCUGUGCCACUAGAGUAGCAAAGCAUACUGUGAUUUUACAUAACACUGAGAACACUACACUGAGUACUUUUGAUAUGCAUACUGUAUGUGUGUAGAUCAACUGGUAAGAAAAGCACAGUCUGUGCCAGUUCAGAAUAAACCUUACAUGGUACCAUUGGAGGGAAAUGAAGACGGGCUUGAAUUGUUGCGAAAUAGUUGUUUACUUGAAGUUCAGCGUAUUGAAACUAGUUGUAUAGUUUCCAACCACUAGAGUGCAACAGAGUGCUGACACCAUUCUGCUACUUGGCAUGCCUCAGACACCAUUCACUACAUAGUACACUCACUGUAUGUUCCCUCUGUCCCCACUCCAGCAAACACUACAAAGCCAUUUGUCACCCCUGUGGACUUCGUAUCCAACAGUUCAAUGUCAAGCUUUUUUCCAGGCCCCAUGUAUCAAUGUCAUUACACUAACUCCAUAAUCAGAAAGUGUGGACAGCAUAGGGAAAACAAUUGUUAGGGUUAUAUAGAUGGUUACUUUUUUUUUUAAAGACUAUUGCGUCAACAUGAUGAUAGAAAUGCUGUGCAUCCCAUWGAGGCUAUUUUUAGACAAUCAAAUAUAGUGUAUUUUGUGUUACCUGGUAUCUGAAGGACCAUGUCAGCAGCCCAAAAUGUCAAUAUCGCUGGUUCCAAUGCUCACACGUUUCCUCUGUAGUCAACAUUGGCUAUAAUAACACUAUGAAAGAAUAGUUAAGGACAUAUUUAAGGAGGACACAGUUUUAUAGAAUUUCACAGUCCAUUCCCAAAUGACUAUAACUUCUCUCUGCCGUCAGGCAUUCAUUCCAUUUAGGUAAGAGGUCUCUGGUGCAUCUCUGUCCUCUGUAACGAGAGACUUAAGUAGCCUUCAUCGUUCUCUUCACUCUUGACACUUCCCUCCCUCCUGGCUAGUUCUCACUAAACAGUCUAUAUGGCACACAGGUUACUUUGCUAUGACACUGUAUUAAGACAAUCCUUUUUAAAUUUCAGGCUGCUGAGUGGUCUUUUAGAUGUUGGUUCACACAUUAUUUCUGUUUGUACUGCUGUUUAGUAAUCACUGCAAGAUUUAUAUCCAGGCUGCAAGAUUUAUAUCCAAUGUGCAAAAGGGUAUUUUUUAGUAUUUUUGUUUUAGAAUAGAUAUAUACUUGGCAUGAGAUAACAACCACACACUUAAAUCGGAUCAUUGAUUUACUUAUAUGUUUUUGAAGCAGUAACUGAAAUAUGGCUUUGAUCUUUGAGUAGUUGUAGGCCGUCAAUGUUUUUUUCUUUGGCAUGGACUGUGUUGGAGGAAUAGAGUUGUUGUCAUUGUUCUGUUGUACAUUAUGAAUAACACAUGAAUUAGUGGUUCAUCUCUUGCUGCAUUUGUACUUAGAACCCUAUCGUCUCUAUAGACAAGGUCUUUUUAUGUGGAACGUUGAUGUGUUUGGAUUGUAACCCCAUAUUUCAAACGACUCACCCUGCCUGGCCUACCAUAACACUAACUAUACUUAGAAAUUGGAACAUGUUUUAUGCAUUGCUUUAUUUAGUGAAAUGCAUCUGACUGCUAUCAGAACAGAGUUACAUGGAGAAAGGAUAUACCUUGACGACUGAAGAAUUUAACAGGAGUCUAUCGGUGUGUGUGUGUAUCUAUCUUGGGAAGGAAAUGUGCUUGAUUUCGUCUCUCUUGAGAACUUUCUGGAUUGGACAAUGUUUGAAGGGCCUUAAUUUAUGCAUGCUGUAGCCUAUUAAAUACCAUGACCUUAAUUUAUAUUGUUCAGCAAAGACUACAAAUCACCAUUAUGUUUUUGUUUUACAACCACAAGUAUGCCUGUAUUACCAGAGUCAAUGUUGAGAGGCUGCUGGUAUCUCUAGAUCUCUAGGGGGUCGUUCCACAAAAUGGGUGCCUCUUGCGUCCAUUUGAUAUUUAAGUAGAACUUGUGCAACAAUAUUACAUUUUAAAAGCCUGUUAUAUUAAAUGAAGUGCCCUUUUAAUACAGACCAUAUGGAGAAUCCAAUAAAUAUAAUUUUUUUAUGUGAAUAAAGGCUACCUAAAGUGCCAAAAUUCAGCAUGUUGACGCCCCUCCAUCCACCCUGUGUCACUUCUAGGAAGAUUUCAACCCACUUGCUCAAAACAUUUCUCCAAGUGUCACCAUCGUUGUAAAGCCCUAGUUAUUUUAGUUGCUUUGACAAAGUAAUUUGAAGAUUAUUUAUUUAAUGUGAUUAUUGAUUUAUUUACGCCUGUCCCUCAUUUUGGUGAUCCCUGUUAUGUGAACUGAACUUUUGUUUUAAUAUGGUGAAACUAUUUCUUUUAAAAUAUAUUUUUUAAAGAAACAUUGAACAUGAAUUGUCAAAUCAUAGUUUAAAAGCAGGUGAUAUGGUUUGACUAUUUUUGGCMAUUUUCUGGUGUUUUGUGGUGGGAAACUGAGCGGGUCGAACAUAACACGUCAACCCUGUUACCCAUAGAUAGACAGGCUAGAAAUGUUUUAGCUAUUUCAUUUUUUUUUCUUCGUGAAACUGAUAUUCACUUGCCACUCCCUGAUGCACAGAAGCAUCCAUUCCCCCUGUCACAAGGGGAUUUAUGGUUSAUUUAAGAAGAAAUUGUCAACACUGUUACUUUAUUUUGAUUUCAUUUAUUUGGCACUUUAAUAGGCCCUUUCUAUAGUCAUUUUUGUUAUUUAAAAAAAACUCUUGAGAUGAGAACAUGUUUUUUAUGAAUUUGAACAUGUGCUCUUGACAAUGUUAAACUUUGGUGAAAUUACACUUCUCAAAAGGCACUGAAUUGGUGGAAUGACCCUAGGAUGGUUUGAAUCUUUGAAAUUUGUCAAUAAACAUUUUAUUUCACAA